CCACCAUCUGCCGCCUCACAUCCAGCUGCCAACUUAGCCUCCACCAGGACAGUUCAAACCACAGAAGAGGGUGCCGACUGCAGGCCUCACAACAUCCAGUUUUCAGCAUUGGCUUUCACCUAAGAGUUCACUUGGCCUCGGGGCGAGCUGUUUGGCAUGGUUGGGAGGAGGUGUGGGCUGUGAAAUCCACACUGGCUGCCUGACCCCAGGCUUAGAGCCACGCUCACCAUCCUGCCUUCUGAGUGUCCAGUGAGGCUCAGCGAGGCCUGGGUGGGACGCAUUACACUUGCUUCUGUCUUCACCACCCCAUUUCAACACAGGAGAAAGUUGAGGCCUGAGAACGGAGCCAGCCUGCCAAUGCCUGCCUGGGGGGCCCUGUUGCUGCUCUGGGCUGCCGCAGAGGCCACCAAGGACUGCCCGGCGGAGUGCACCUGCCAGGCCCUGGAAACCAUGGGGCUGUCGGUGGACUGCAGGGGGCGGGGGCUCACGGCCCUGCCCGCCCUGCCCACCCAGACCCGCAACCUCCUGCUGGCCAAUAACAGCCUUAGCUCCGUGCCUCCGGGUGCCUUCGACCACCUGCCCCAGCUACAGGUCCUCGACGUGACGCAGAACCCCUGGCACUGCGACUGCAGUCUCACCUACCUGCGUCUCUGGCUGGAGGACCGCACGCCCGAGGCCCUGCUGCACGUCCGCUGCGCCAGCCCCAAGCUCGCCACCGCCCACCCCCUGGGCCAGCUCACGGGCUAUGAGCUGGGCAGCUGCGGCUGGCACCUGCAGGCAUCCUGGGCCUACCCGGGCUUCUGGCAGGACGUGGCGCUGGUGGUCGUGGCCACGCUGGGCCUGGCUCUCCUGGCUGGCCUGCUGUGCACUGCCACAGAGACCCUGGACUGAGCCCGGGGCCCCCAGGGUCACUCCCCCCAGCCUGAGCCCCCAGUAACCCAAAAUAAACUGCUCAACCAUUGU